UCCCGUAUAUCAUCUAGGGUCAUCUUAAAUACUCCAUAAGGAUUAAGGAUACCCAAACCCGUAUCCGUAUCCGUAUAGGAAACUAACACACAAAAUAAAACAGAAAUUUAGCAACCUACGGCAAACAGAAACUGCGUGAUUUAUUCAUUACCCAAAACUUAAACCCUAAUUAACAAAAUUUCUCUGGAGGCAACAAUUUAUUUUAGUAAUAUCCAUGGAUUUUUUUUGUUUUGAAAACCAAACAAUUUCAUCAAACACUGAUCUUUUUAGAUUUCCAUUCAAUUCUUUCUCUGUAGCAUGUGAAGCUUUCACUGAAUCAGCAACCAAGCUUUCAUGAUCUUCAAUUCGUCCAAAACUCAAUAAAAAAUCAAACAAAAUUCGAUCAAAAUCAAGGUUUCUUCGAUGUCUUCUGAUGAUUUGGAGGAGGUAGAGAGAGACCCAACAGGGAGAUAUGUAAGGUACAAAGAAAUCUUGGGUGAAGGAGCCUAUAAAAUUGUUUACAAGGGAUUUGAUGAAGACAAUGGGAUUGAAAUAGCAUGGAAUAAAGUCAAGUUAUCUGAAGAAAUUCUGAAAUCAGAGAAACAGCUCAACAGAUUGUAUUCUGAAGCCAAUCUUUUGAAGUCUUUGAAACACGAAAACAUAAUCAGAUGUUACCAUUCAUGGGUCGAUAACAACAACAAGACCAUUAACAUGAUAACCGAGUUCUUCACAUCUGGGGAUUUGAGACAAUACAGGAAGAAACACAAUGGUAUUGGAUUUGAUAAUAACAGGAAGGCAAUCAAGAAUUGGGCUAGACAAAUCCUAAAAGGUUUACACUAUCUUCACAGUCAUAAUCCACCAAUUGUUCACAGGGAUCUCAAGUGUGAGAAUUUGUUUGUGAAUGGUAAUUCAGGCAAGGUUAAAAUAGGAGAUUUAGGACUUGCAACAGUCUUAGAACAUGCUACUGCACAAAGUGUUACUGGAACCCCUGAAUUUAUGGCACCAGAGUUGUAUGAAGAAGAGUAUAAUCAAUUAGUGGAUGUUUAUUCUUUUGGUAUGUGUAUGUUGCAGAUGAUAACUUGUGAGAAACCUUAUAGUGAAUGUAGUAAUUCAGCACAGGUUUACAAGAAGGUUAGUUCAGGAAUUAAGCCUGAAGCACUCAGCAAAGUGAGUGAUCCUCAAGUUAAGGAGUUUAUUGAUAAGUGUUUGGCUCCAGUUUCAGAGAGACUAUCAGCAAUUGAUCUGUUGCAGGAACCGUUUCUCGCGUCUACCACAACUGGUUUAAGCAUACCCAGUCCCAGAUGCAGUCCAUCUUUGACAGAGUUGUUGUGUUCAUGCAAGUGUUUGCCUACUACCUCGUCUGAUCAAAAUUUACAAACCCAAGAACUACUACUUACUACUACUUCUGAGAUUCUGACAUCAGGAAAACAAGAUCCUGCAUUAUCCAUGGUAACAAAAUGUAAACAAAAUCAAGAUAUGGAAAAGAAACAAGAUGAAAAUGUAAAUAAAGAGGUUGUCAGAAAGGCAUGGUUUAGUUUCCUGUGGAAGAAGCUAUUUGUACAUUGUGGGACCAAGUACUAGUUCUCAUUUUUAACCUGGCCUUUUGUAUUCAAUGUUCCAUCAUUCGAGUUAUAAAUAUAUAUGACAAUUUGUUUUACUUU